CCAAAAUCCACUACUUGUGCUUUGUUGUGGAUGAGUGAUUACGAAGGUGACACAGAGGCAUCCCUUUGUUUUGAAAAGGAAGAAACUAACAAACGGCUGCGAGUGUGUAUUUGUGCGUGCGUGUUGUGUGUCUUUUGGUUGUGCGUCCAAUAAGAACGAGUGUAAGCAUGUCGAAAAGAGGGAAAAAGAAUGUGGAAGAGAACGGAGAUGGGGACCAAGACAACGGCACAGCACCUGCUGCUAAGAAAGGAAAGAAGGGGAAGGAACCAGAAGCGCCAAUUCUGUACAACGACCCUCCUGAUAAGAUGACAAGCACCGAUGGACGCGCUGCUAACAUGAAGAUCACCUCCUGGAACGUGGACGGGCUCAGAGCCUGGGUCAAAAAGAAGGGCCUAGAUUGGGUGCGCAGCGAGGGCCCUGAUGUGCUGUGCCUGCAGGAGACCAAGUGCGCUGAGAAGUCCCUUCCCGACGAGAUCACCUCCAUGCCCGAGUUCCCCCACAAGUACUGGGCUGGCUCAGAUGAGAAGGAGGGCUAUAGCGGGGUGGCCAUGCUGUGCAAGACGGAGCCCCUCAAAGUCACCUAUGGCAUUGGUAAGGAGGAACAUGAUAAGGAGGGCCGCGUCAUCACCGCAGAGUUCCCCACCUUCUUCCUGGUCACCGCCUACGUGCCCAACUCUGGUCGAGGCCUGGUGCGCCUCGACUACCGCAAGACCUGGGACGUGGACUUCCGGGCCUACUUGACCGACCUGGACAAGCGCAAGCCCCUGGUGUUGUGCGGCGAUCUGAACGUGGCCCACGAGGAGAUCGACCUGAAAAACGCCAAAGGCAACAAGAAGAACGCGGGCUUCACAGCGGAGGAGCGCGAGGGCUUUGGCCAGCUGUUGGCUGCGGGCUUCUCUGAUAGCUUCCGUGAGCUGUACCCUGAGCAGGCCAACGCGUACACCUUCUGGACCUACAUGAUGAACUCCCGUUCCAAGAACGUGGGCUGGCGACUGGACUACUUCUUGCUGUCCUCCGCUCUGCUGCCAGGCCUUUGCGAUAGCAAGAUCAGGAACCAAGCUAUGGGCAGUGACCAUUGUCCCAUAACUCUGCAUUUGGUCGUGUAGCGUAAGCCGGGCUUCCCGUGUGCUUGAGAAAUUGUUCCAGAGGUCAGUAGUUAUUUGCGGGGGCUCUCCUUGCACCGCUUUUCUCCUGUUAGACGUGACCUGGGUGUUGUUCACCCUUUACUAUUGUUGUUCAGAUCGAGUCUUGGCAUUCCUAACUACUGAAACCAGUCUGUAUGCCGGUGUGCACCCUACAUGAAUCAUACAUCAGAACCAGGAAACACAUUCAUGAUUUUUGGAUUCUAAGAAGGAAUUUACUAUUUAAUAUCAAUCUUAAAUUGUAUAAACCAGUCAACAUCGUGGCGUCACCCCCCCCGAAGCAAUUGUUCAGCACCACGUCCUUUACUUUCCCACCCAAUCAAAUUAUACACUGUUAACAUAGUCUAGCAAUGACAGUAUCAUCCCUGGCUGUCCUCUUCGAGACACACUGUUCUUCAAACAUGAGAAACUGAUGUUGGUGCUAAAUUACUCGUCAUUGAAACAUUUCUCCUUUGAAGUGAUUGUUAUAAAUCGUAUUAAUUGUCGUGGUCCCAAAUUAGCAUGCAGAGAGAAACGGCACGAGACCAAUUUUAUUGCCAGCCCUUACUGCCAACUUCUGGAGUGGUGUUUCUUUGACACGCUUGUUGUUUUGUAAAACAAAAAUUGCUUUCAAAAGUAAAGGUAAAUGACUCCAUGCUUCUUAAUAAAGUUUAGUUUUAAGUA